AAAAACCACGCUGGAAAAAUACAAAAAAUAUUUACGAGAGAGAAAAAUUUUAAAACAAUAUAUAAAAAAGUGAUAAAUUAAAAAAGAAUUAAAAAGGAAAUACUGGAAAAAAAUUGCAGAAAAUCUUUUUUUUUAAUAAAAAAGAUAAAAACAGAAUAAUGUUGACAGCCAGGCAAGUUUAUCAUCAUCAACACAAAUGUUUAAAAUUCAGCUAGAAAUAAAUUACAAAUUAUCAGUAGUUGAAGAAUAUUUAUAAAAAAUACUAAAACAACUAAAACACUUUCAAUCGUAAUAGUCAUCGUAAGUAAAUCUAUUCCCCCCAUUUGAAAAUUAAUGUAAAAAUAUACGAAAACAAGAAAAAUGCAGAAAUUACACUCAUCAACAACAAGAGCUACAACAACAACUACAACGACAACAAUGACGUUUUAUAAUCUGUUGUUGCUAAUAGUUGGCCUGAUAUUGUUAAUGUCAUUAAUGCCUUCGGUGACAUCCGUUCGCCAUAUUGAUAAUGAUGAAUACAAUUAUAAUGAUGACAGUGAGAUUGUUGUAAGUAGUAGCAGUGGCAGUAAUGGUAGUGGAAAAACAUUAAGUGUAAAUCAACAGCAACAACACUUAAAACAACAGACACAACAGCAGCAACAGUUAUUUGUUAGACGACGCAGCAGUAGCAGCAGUGUUAGCAGUACUAGUAAUAAACCAACCAAUAGAAGACAAAAUGAAUCACAACACUGGAAACGUUUUAAUAAACAAAAUUAUGCCAACAACAACAAUUAUAAUAAACAUAAUUUAUAUAGCAACAAUAAACUAUCAAUGGCUCUAACAAAAUAUCAAAGUUCUGAAACACAAUAUGCCGAUGAUGAAGAAGACACUGAUAUAAAUGAUAAUAAUUAUCAUUCAUUAGAUAAUAAUGAUUCUUCAGAUGAUUCGGAUGAUGAUGAUGACGAUGAGGAUGCUACUGAUAAUAGCAAUAAUAAUAAUAACAACAACAAUAAUAACAAUAUGGAUGAAUCAAUGGAUUCCAGAAUGUCUACAGAUGUUAAAUCGUUUAUACAUGCUCCUUAUGAAUACGACUUUUAUUGCUGUCGGAAAGUGUACGGUUCAUGUAGGACCUCCUGCGAUAAUUUAUCUCUGGUCAAAUUAUCUCCUCCUGCAAUGCGUUCGGAAUUGAAAAAAUAUUGCCCUCCUAUGCAAUUGGAGUUCUGGAGUUGUAUGAAUAGAACUAUAGAAGCCGCUCGUAAAAGUUAUCAGUGGUCCGGUCGUAGUUGUUGUGAUUUGGGUGUUUCACCGCGCUGCAUCAAUGCUUGUGUAACAUCAUCGUCUACCGGUGAAUUGAUCAAUGCCUGCCGCCAAAGUGAUGAACAACACAUGUUUGCAUGUUUCGAACGUCAAGAGGAUGGUGAUCGUUGCUGUGGCAAGGCACGCACCUCUGAAUGUUUACAGUCCUGUCGUGACAUCUUUGAACCUCAUACAGCCCAUAAAAGGAAUAACUACAAACGUUUGCAUGAAAUGUGUGGAGAAAAGAAUGCCGAUGUUCUACAAUGUGUACGAAAUGUUACGGACAUGACACCCGUUACCAACUCACACAAAUAUCUUCCUUGUUGUGACUUUUCCGAUAAUGAAAAUUGUCGCAACACUUGCCGAUCCGUCUUGAAUACCACUGAAAGUACGGAUAUUAUUAUAGGAGAACUGGAGGCAGGAGGUUGUGGUACUGUAUUACCUCAUCUACCUUUAUGGCAAUGUUUCUUCACUGCCGAGCGCAAAAUUUUUGUGCCCUCUGUUAUAACAAGUAGCCAAGAGACCGAGGUAUCACAAAUUAAUCGUUUAGGUAUAGAUGGUGCCAAAUUGCAAUGCUGUGAGAAGGCUUUAUCAUCCAAAUGCCGUAAAUUAUGUUUUCAAACCUAUACUACUGAUUGGACUAGUACAAUGAAUAAUUUUGAAACAUCCUGUUUAAUGAUGAUGCCAAAUGAAUUGGAAUUGCGCCAGUGUAUAGAUGAGGUGGAUGAACCGUGUGAAUUGGGUUGUGAUGGUUUAAGUUUUUGUACAAAUUUCAAUAAUCGUCCCACGGAAUUGUUUCGCAGCUGUACGGUGGAAGCCGACAUGGCUGCUAAAUCAGAUUUAAUGAUGUGGCAACAGAGGGGUUUUGUUAGUUUACCAGGAGGCUUAACCUUGCCCAUUAAGAAUAUGACUAGAUGUUUACCCGACAAGUGGAAGGCUAUAGCUUGUGUUUUACAAAUUAAACCCUGUAGUAUACAGGGACAUUAUAAUCAUAUUUGUAGGGAAAAUUGUUAUGAAAUUUUAAUGGAGUGCUUGGAUUGGACACGUUUAAAUACCACUUACAAUCCGGAAGCGAUUUGUGCUAGAUUGCAUCCAGAUGGUGAUGUCACCUCCUGUGUAUCGCUGAGACCUUAUUUGGAAGAAAGUGAUGCUCCUAAGGAGACUGGUGGCCAUCAUAAAAUCACCUCUCCUUGUCGUGGUCAUCCCUGUAAUGCUAGUGAAGUUUGUUUAGCAGCUCGCAAUGGUUCGGCCACCUAUAAAUGUAUACCGGGUUGUGCUUUGGGAGAGACUUCUAAUUAUUUAGUUCCUUUUGGUGCUUAUGUUCGCAUUCCAGUACAAAUGACAGCCAAUCGUGGUGGUUUUAAGGUUUGUCGUUGCGGUUUACAGGGACGUAUCGAACAUUGUCAACCUCUACCCAGUGUUUCGUAUGAGAGUUGUGUUCUACCGGGUGGUAGAAAGAUCAAGCAUGGCACUUCCUUUUAUUUGGAGUGCAAUUUAUGUACUUGUUAUGCCGAGGAAAUAACCUGCACCAAGAAACAAUGUAAAAUGCCAGGUUACACAGAUGUUUCUUAUACCAGUUUGCCCUGCAAUUGUCCUACCCAUUAUGUGCCGGUAUGUGGCAGCAAUGGACGCACUUAUCCUUCUUUGUGUAUUGCCCGCUGUCUGGGUGUGCAGGACAGUGAUUUAGAGUAUGGAGCCUGUACGGUGUGGAAUCCUUGUACACCAGGAACCUAUCACUGCCCUGCAGGCACCCAAUGUCUGCCUCAUAGACAGAUCUGCUUAUCCAGCAUGCAUCGGCCCUGUUUACAGUACAAAUGUGUUAAUCAAACGUUACCUUGUGGCAAAUCGGAGCAUUCGGUAUGCGAUGCUAAGGGUGUUACCUUUAAAUCGGCUUGUGAUUUAUUGAAUUCCAAGUCUAGUUUCUCCCAUUGGGGUUCUUGUAAUCGUGGCUGCAGUUGGAAAGGUCCCGUGUGCGGUAUUAAUGGUGUGGAUUAUCCCCAUGAAUGUGCUGCCUGGGCAGAUUAUGUUUUGGUGGACUAUAAGGGCAGAUGUCGUGAGGUAGGCUUGUUAACUAAUGAAAUGGAACGCAAAAGAUGUCGCCAAGUCAAAUGUUCCAAUACUCCCUCACCCUACUGCCCUUCUAUUAUACCACCCGGAGCCUGUUGCCCCAUAUGCGCCGGAGCUUUUCGCAUUAUCUACUCACGCAAACAAAUUGAUCGCGCUCUUUACGCCUUAAAGGGCCAGCACAAGGAUUUAUUAACUCUACAUAGUGUUUUACGAGAAUUGGAUUCUUUAAUACAAAUAAGCGAGUGUCAACUGACCGGAUUCCUAACCAUGGAAGUGGGUAUAUUUGUGGCUAUUGUACCCCGCACCAAUACACCCACUCGCAUGCAAAUUGAGGCCUGCAGCAGAGAAGCGGAAAAGAUAUCCACUUUAAUAGCGGCCCAAGAACAUAAAAUAACCACAAAUCUAAUAUUAUCAGGCCUAACAGUAUCCAAUAUGCUGGAGGCUAAUGUUGAAAGUCAUGCAAAUAGAAGAUUUUCUUUGAGAAAUCUAUCUACGACGAUAUUGCUAAACAUUAUUAUAAGUUUGAUAUUUAGGAAAAUUUGGAUUUUAUAGUUUUAGAAAUGAUAAGAAUGAAAAUUAGAUAGUUUAUGAAGAAAAUGAAGAAAGUCAUUAAAGACAUUAUGGUCUCGAAUAGCACAGACUCAUUAAGAAGAGACUUU